AUGAAAGUUUCAGCUUCGCUCAUGGAGAGGCUUCUGGGGCGCGACGGCCCCUCCGUCGCCCUCCUCUUCCUCCUCUACACUCUGCAGGGAAUCCCCAUGGGUCUGAGCGGCAGUGUCCCCUUUCUUCUCUCGGGGAAAAUCUCCUACAAACAGCAGUCUCUUCUGUCUCUCGUCUCUCUCCCCUUCAGCCUGAAGCUCCUCUGGGCACCUCUCGUCGACGCGCUGCACUCGCCGCGGAUCGGCCGCCGGCGCUCCUGGCUGCUGCCAGUGCAGUUUCUCGCGGGCAUCCUGAUGGUCUGGGGAGGCGACCCCGCGCGGAUUCUCGCUUGGAUCGGAGCAAUGUAUUUUAAUCGACAUGUGUUUCCUCUGUCCGUCGAUCUAUGUGACAUCGCCGUCGACGGCUGGGCUCUGACAAUGCUCAGCGCAGAAAACAAGGGCAUGGCCUCGACGUGCAACACAGUCGGGCAGACUCUCGGCUACUUUGUGUCGUACGUUGGAUUCCUCGCUCUCAACGAUCCGCAAACAUGUCGCCGCUUCCUUCCCGCUUUUCUCCUUGGAGACAGCUUCGCUGACGGAAGCGAGCCUGGCGCUCUCCUCGAUCUCGCGGGAUUCCUCAGGUUUUGGGGUUGGGUCAUCAUCGCCACCACCGUCGUCGUUCUUCUCUUUUUCCCCGAGGACUACAGUACGCACGGCGGGGAGCGUGCACGUCGCUCUUCUGUCUCCUCUGCGGCUGCGGCCAAGAAGGGAAAGGGUACAUCCAAACGCCUGCCUCGCGCAGAGGCGGCGCUGUCGGUGGGGCCAAUCGGCGCUCCUGGCGAGGAAGUGCAUCUCUUCACGGACGAAAUUCUCGAGAACGGCCAAGACGCGUCUGCGAGCGAUGCAGAACACGCAGGAGGAAGCGAACGUGCUCAGGCGGCCGGACGGACAGUCCGCCGACGCGGCGCGUGCCCAGAGGCGAAACGCGAGAGUGUCUCCUCGACCGUCUCCGACCCGGCAGAAGAAGGGGAACCUGAAGGCGUCCUUGAGUCUUACUGUCUCCUGUGGAAGCUGCUCUUCCUGCCGCCAGUCCGGACACUCUUGCUUCUUCUGCUGACUUGUCGGAUCGCGUUUGCGUGCGUCGACGCAGCCACGCAGUUGAAGCUGAUUGAGCGCGGCGUGAAGAAAGAAGACCUCGCCCUCUUCGCCCCACUCUUCCUCCCGCUCGGCAUCAUCUGCCCCAUGAUGGUUGGGCGUUUCCUGCGAGGGCGGUUCCCGCUUCGUCUCUUCUCCUACGGGUACCUCCUGCGCAUGUGCAUGUGCCUCGUCUGGGCCGCGGCGGUCGCGGCGACAGGCUACCUUCUCGCAGGCGACGGCGCGGCGAAGAUGUCGUCUUCCCACUGGGCUGCGCUCUACAGCGCCAUGUUCCUUGUGACUGGCGCGUACAACGUUUGUUCGGACCUCAUGUUUGUCUCUCAAAUGGCGUUCUUCGCGCAGGUGUCCGAUCCACGCAUUGGUGGGACGUACAUGACCUUUCUCAACACAGUCACCAACCUCGGGGUUAAGUGGCCCAAUACCCUUAGUCUCCUCCUCAUGGAUGUUGUCUCGAUCCAAGACUGCUCAGGCGGCUCCAGUACACUCCCUUCUGCCGCCGAGGGAACGGAGGGAGACGCGCCGGCGUGCCGCGUCGUGCUCGACGCCUACUUCGUGCAGGUUGCGGUCUGUUUCCUCGCAGGCGCGGCUUGGUUGUCCCUCUGCUGGCGCCGCAUCGAGUCCCUCCAGCAGGUUCCUCUCUCUCAGUGGCGAGUCGAGAUUUCCCGUCCGCCGAAACCCUCGCGCCGAGAGCCGGGGAACGAAGUGGAAAUGAAGAAAGUGGAGAUGUAA